GAGAGGAUGACGACGGUUUGAGGUGUGCUGGCCUCCGCCUUCGAGGUUCUGGGUAGUCCAACCGCUGUCGAUAGAAUGGGAAAGUUGUCGUUGUUGAUUGCGGGCCUCCGCCUGAUGGUGAGUGUCUGCUAAUUAGAAUACGUAAAAUCAAGAUAAAAUAUAUUCGGCCUGUACAAGGCAAUCACGUUAUUUUACAUGUGGUGACAAAGUGCAAGAACUUGAAAUCGUUGAAAUGUUAAAACAACUCGAGCUUGUGUGUCUCUUGGUCCUCAUCGUCUCCGAAUUUAAAACAGGAGUUUCGGCUCGGCGAAAACCAAAAAUAAUUCCAUCAGAGGAUCUAGUUAUCCAGGAAGGGGAUACUUUGCGGAUAGAAUGCAGUGGCCUAGGCAAGAUCCGAUUCGUGACACAGAGCAUGUCUGGAAAUGUAGAUCGAUCAACAGCUAACGUCACAUAUGACGAAUCCUCCAAUACAUAUAAGUUCGUUAUUUCUCAAGCAGCCGCCGUAGACACAGGGUGGUAUGCUUGUGCGGAAGAGGGUGUGGAGGUAAUAAAUAAUGAUCAAAACAUCCAACAUUCGAGCGAAGAGAUCAGUUGGGUUUACGUAACCGUGAACUCCACACAACUUUUUUCGGUAUUGUCGAUAUUUGAAAUAUUACAAGUAUCGUCAGGCAGUACCGUGGUAAUACCCUGUCUGCCAACAUCUCCAGAUCGAAUACCGGUCCUCUCUGAAACUUCAGGCGCGCUGCCUGCCGCGAUCAGUUUUACGCCAAGGAUCGGAUUCAUUUUAGAAAACGUAGAUAACGGUCAACAGGGAGCAUACCUGGCGUGCCAAAUCUACGCUAAUCCGGAAAAUGCAGAUCUAGAGAUCGCCCCUAUAGAGGAGUCUUCAUAUAUUUUGGAAGUUUUUGCGUCUGUUCCACCCGAAUCGCCAAAAAUCAACACCGAGCUUGUCUACCAUGUUGUCCGCGGACAGGAUGUGACCCUAGAGUGCAAUGUCACCGACCCAAAAAUGACGCACUUAACGUUGGAAUGGGAUACUGCUAGAAUACCUAAGGACAGAUUAAGUCGUGGAAACACGAUUCAAAUUAAGAAUGAACCAACCUGGAUGGUUCGGGAUAUUAUUCAUAACGUUGAGGACAGCGAUCAGGGUGUAUAUAAUUGCAAUGCUUACGGUGCAGGGUCAAACAUAAGUAGUCACUCAUCGAUAAACCUCACAGUUUCAGAUCCUGAAGACUACUAUAUCAAUUGCACCUUGGACGGUAACGCGGAGAUAAAACUCAAGGAAAAAGCAACAGUCGUAUGGAAAAUAGGCAUUGAUUCGUAUCCAGCAUCCAAUAUAACGUGGUUCGAUAACCGUGGGAUAGCAAUUCCAGAAGUUGAGAUAGGCACCGACGAUUCCCGAAAGUACUCGCACUCCGUUAGUUUGAGGGAUCAUUGGUUCAGAAUAUCUAAUUUAAAACUUGCGGACAGCGGUGAGUAUGUGAUACGCGUUGACACUGGACAUCAAUCGGAAGACAUCCGCCUGAGACUGACAGUAGUUUCGGAGCCGGUCGCUGACAUUAUCAAUUCAUCGUCAUUCUAUUUUCCGGGAAAACCUACCUUAUUCACUUGUAUGACUAUGGGGUCACCGUUACCAAAUGUAACAUGGAGUUACUCGGAAUAUCCGAAUUUUCCAUCGAAGGAAGUUCAUUCGCUCAAAUCUUUAUCAAAUUACGAAAAUAGACCGCAGGCCAGGAACAAAUUCACCUUGGAGUCACAUUUGAACGUAACGUUGAACGCGAGUGGAUUUCUGACGUGUAGAACUUGUAAUGAGCUCAACUGCCAUGAAGCAACGGAACAAAUUUUUCUUUCUGAUGUGGGUCACCCUUUUCAUAUAAUCUCUCCAGACGAGGUAAUCGUGGGUGAUAAUAUUACUGUGAUAUGUGGUUCUUCCGUUUAUAAUUACUCGGAGAAAAUUCAAUGGACAAAAGAAGACUCGACAGAUCUUAAAGACAUCCCAGGAAAACUGUCCGUCCGCUGGGACAGAACGAACUUUACCCACCUGUCUAUUCUUGAAAUAUACAACAUAACGAAAUCUGAUCGAGAUAUGUACGUAUGUGAAGCUGGAGAUAAAGAGGGUAACUUGGAAUUCCGAAACUAUGAUCUGAUUGAUAUCAUUGAUCAACAAGCCCCCCAUAUCACGACCAACAUGAAUGAAUCAAAGAUUGUUAUACAUUUGCCACGUGAUAGCGGCCAGCCGAUGACUCUCAGGUGCGACGCCACAGGAAAGCCAAAGCCAACACUGGCCUGGUACAAGGAUGAUGUACAACUAGCCAGCGACACGCGGUUCAAGAUAUUGGAGAAUAAUUCCGGGCUUCAUAUCAGAGUUUUUGUCGACGGUGACACCGGGAGAUAUUCGUGUAAAGCUAGAAAUCGUAUUGGCGAGGCAGAACGCUAUAACGAUAUUGUAAUCGAAGGUGGAAAGGCGGGGGCACAAAUAACGAUCUGGGUCAGUUUAAUUGGCGUUCUCAUCGUGAUUAUCAUAGUCGUGAUUACUUACAUGGCUAUCAGGGUGCACCGGGAGAGGGUCAUGAGAAAAGAGCUGCUAGAAGCAGGGCUGGCACAUUUCGAAGAAGGAGCAUUGGAGUGUUUGAAUCCAGAUUUGACUGUCGACGAUCAAGCAGAGUUACUUCCGUACGAUAAAAAGUGGGAAUUUCCAAGAGAACGGUUGAAGCUUGGCAAGCAACUGGGGAGCGGUGCAUUUGGAGUGGUGAUGAAAGCAGAGGCACGUGGAAUUUGCGAAGAAGGGGAAGUUACAACUGUUGCAGUGAAAAUGGUUCGCCGUUCGGCUGAGCCAGCUUAUAUGAGAGCUCUCUCCAGCGAAUUGAAAAUUAUGAUUCAUCUUGGCAAACAUUUGAACGUUGUCAAUCUUCUCGGAGCUUGUACCAAGACGAUUCUUACUAAACGAGAGCUUUACGUGAUUGUGGAAUACUGCCGUUUCGGAAGCUUGCACACCUAUUUACAGCGCCAUAGAAGUAGUUUCAUCGAUCAAAUCGAUCCUGCCACUCAGAAGAUUAAUCCAGAUUUCGGAAUGGAACCUAUCGUCAGAAGUGAGAGCAUUGGCAGUCAGAAUAGGUUAACGUAUGCAGCAUUGUCAUUUUCUCGCAGUAUGAGCAUAAAAUCAUCCGACAGUAACAGCGCCAGUGAACAAAUUGACUACCGUCAAGGAGAAUUUGGAGAUGUCAGCAUGAGCCCCGAUGGGGGUGUGCUCAGUAAUAAUUCGAUUCAACCCGGGUGGCGAUCGAACUACCGCGGUGACUACAAGGAGAAAAAUUUAAAACCAAUUUGUACUCAAGACCUGCUUUGCUGGGCUUGGCAAGUUGCACGCGGCAUGGAAUACCUCAGUUCUAGAAAUGUUUUACACGGUGAUCUGGCAGCGCGAAAUAUCCUCCUUGCCGACGAUAACAUCGUUAAGAUUUGUGACUUUGGAUUAGCCAGAAAUAUGUACAAAGAUAAUAAUUACAAAAAACGAGGGGAAGGACCAUUACCGAUAAAAUGGAUGGCCAUCGAAUCCAUCAGAGACAGAAUAUUCUCAACCCAAUCGGAUGUUUGGUCAUUCGGAAUAGUCUUAUGGGAGUUUUUUACGUUGGCUCGUACUCCUUACCCUGGAAUGGAAGCUGAAGUACAGUGCGACAGAUUAAUCGGCGGGUACCGCAUGGAAAAACCGGAUUACGCGACUGAUGAAAUAUAUGAAUUUAUGUUACGUUGCUGGAAGGCAAAGCCAAGUUUGCGCCCUACUUUUUCCGAGCUUGUUGAUACAAUUGGAAAUUUAUUGAAUCAAAACGUUAAAGAGCAUUACUUUGAACUGAACAACCCAUAUUUGGAAAUGAACACCGAAGACACGGAAAACAGGAAAACCGAUUACUUGACCAUGAUGUCCGCUCCUACUCACGACUACCACGACUCUCCUAAUCCAGCAGAAGCGACACGCGUAGAUUCGGCCUACCUUACAAUGAGUCCACUCAACAAAACCAACGAGCCAGGAAUAUUCAGUCCUCGACCAGAUUUGAACGAAUCUCACUUCAAUUUCCCUUCUCCAAAAAGUAAUACUCCUAUCCAAUCCGACUCGGAAGAUUGCAUCGAGUCUGCACCAAUGCUCACAACCGAAGAUGAUCCUUAUUUGAGGCCGAUUAAUGUACAGCAACGACGAGCUGAAUUUUCGCGGCAAGGUAAAGACCAGCCAACCGUAGAACGGGAUUCGGGAUAUUGUAAUCUCCCGAACAGUCCUCAGUUUUCUAACAUGAAAGUCCAUUCUUUGGAAAAUGUGGAAAACUCGGAUCGAAAUCUUAAGUCAAAGUUACAAAAAACCGACACCAAAGAUUUGACUCCGCAUAUAAUUAGCGGAAGUGACAAUUACGUUAAUAUGCCACAACAAAAGAAUGAUCUACUUAAGGAAAAGGUGCAAGAUAGCUUCAGCAACCCGAGUUACGUUAUGAUGUCCAAGCUACAAGAAAACGGACAAUUUGUGUAACGCAAUAUCUAAGUUCUUCCAAGAAUGGAAAGUGCCAUAAAUUUGCAGGGGCAUACUUGAUUCAACAUAAGCGAAUCCAAUGCUGGCUGUAAUGUACCAUUAGUCGUAAGCUAAGAUAUUGAAUUCUCAUUAUUUUAAUAACACUAUUCAUUAUUUUUCACCAUGUCUUCCGAUUGUUUUCAUUAUUUUUUGUUGGGUAUAAGCUGUGGGUAAGCUAUGGGCGAAGUUUUAUGCAAGAGCGCAGGUACGUACGUACUUACGUACUUGUUAUACCAACUAUGUACAAAAAUGAGAACGGAGGCUACAUAAGUUUUUUAUACACUGAACAUUGAUCAUCUUUUGUAAAUCGCCGUGAAAAUGCGUCUAGCAAUUAAGGAAAUUCUCGUGCCUUAUGUAUUUCAAAGUAUAGUUACUCAAUGCUGGAAUGAAUAUAUUAGAUUUCAGCAUAUAGAUGAUAUAAGUUUUAUAUUUAAGCGAAUAAAUAUAAACCUGGAUUAUA